GAUCAGAGCACAGACAGGUGCACGGCUGACGCGGUGCACCGCGUGCGGGCAAUAACUUAUCAAGCCUAAAUCCCAUGUCCAGUCAUCCAAUCCGCCCCACUGCUGCUUUUAGUUUCCGCCGGCAGCCCAUCUCUCAUCCCCUUUCACGGCCGUCAGCCCGAAGAUGGCCCACUCGUUCAGCCGGCUGCCCCGUCCUCUCCUUCAGCUGCGCCGUCUGUGCAGCCCCCCGCACCCUCCGCCGCCUCCUUCCAACUCCAAACUCUUCGUCGCAGGUCUUUCUUGGUCGGUGGAUGAGAAGUCUCUCAAAGACGCCUUUUCAUCCUUCGGAGAGGUCACCGAAGUGAGAAUCAUGUACGACAAGAAUUCUGGGAGAUCAAGAGGCUUCGGUUUUGUCCAUUUUACGAGUGAUUAUGAAGCUAAAUGCGCCAAAGAUGCCAUGGAUGGAAAGGUAAGAAGAGUAUGGCACUAUUGGGUCGUCCUUUGAGAAUAAGUUUUGCUAUGGAAAAGGUUCGCGGUGCCCCAGUUGUAGUUCCUCGGAUUUCUGUAAUUGGAGACUCCAACAGUUAAAGUUGUUUGCAAAAUAACAGCGGAAAUGGAUAACUAGGGUUGGUUACAGAUUUACUCUCUCAAGUUUGAUCUGAAAAUUCCAAUCUUUCCAUAAAGAGUUAUAGUUCCUGAAGUUUGACUUUGAUUCAUUUUUAUCCUUAAGUGUUUCAACUUUAGCAAUUCAGCUCCUAAGCUCGAUUCUGAUUUUGUUUUUUUUUUUUUUUCUUUUUUGGGAGCUUCGAAUGAAUGAAACAAAGCAUAAUGAUGGUGCUAACUUGGUGAGAACGGAAAUUAACUAUUAUGCACAACAAAGUAGGACUCAAUAGUUGCGGUUGAAAUGAACUCAAACUUCAGGGAAUGAGUCAUAAUCAACUCGUAAUCGUCUCUCCGGAGACUAGUGAGUAGUUUGAACUGCCUCAUGUAUUAUCUGAUGUAUAAUAUACAUGAGUUUCAUUGAAAUAACUACUUGUAGCAUUGAUCUGCAUAUUGUUGUUGCUUUA